AUUUAUAAUGAGCAGACAAUAAUUUAGGAAUGCAAGAAUGAGUCUUUUUGUAGGCAAUAUUUCAAGAUUAGUUGAGUAGAAGGAUAUAGAAAGAGAAUUUAAGGUCUAUGGUGAUUGCACUGUAGAUUUUAGAGUAAAAAAUAAUGACAGAGUAAAUACAUUUAAUAAUAUAUUAGUAUGCAUUCAUUUAAUAUAAAAGUGAAUAAGAAGCAGAAGCUGCAAAAAAUGCAUUACAUUAAAGAGAUUUAUAGGGUAUAGAUUAAUAUGUUAUUGAAAUUACAAAGGAUUGAGAAUUAAUGUUGAGUGGUCUAAAAAGUCAGGCAGAUAUGAUGAGAAUAGAGAACCUAGAAGAGAUCGACCAAGGGAUGAUAGAGGGUAUAUAAAGAAAUUAAUUAAAGAUAAUCAAGAGGAAAUUAUGAUAGAUUUGAGAGAGAGAGGGAAAAAGAAAAGAAACAAAGAAGAAGAAAGUUUCUUAUAUUAAAUUAUUAAUUAAUUAGCUCUAAAAGUAGAAGCAGAAGUAGAAGUCCUAAAAAUAGAAGUAGUCCAUAAUAUCGAGUAUCUAGAAGUUAAAGUAUAGAUAGUGAAAAUGAACCUCCUAGAGAUAAAAUGUUAGAAUAUCUAAAUUAUUUUAGAUUGAGAAAGAAAUUAAAAGAAAUGAUGAGGAAAACUGACAAUGGAGAAUAUAAAGAUUGAGACGUGAAUAUUAUAAUUUUACAAUUAAUUCAAUU